AUGACUGUCUUCAUAGCAUCUCUAUUUUUGCCCUACACUGUCAAUUUCCAUAUCAACAGCUCGCGCGCUCGCUCUCCCCCUCUAAGUCCUCCGUCCGCAAACCCCACCAUAGAAGGAAUCACACCCAUACCCAAUUCUACGGCUAGCCUGUUUGAAAAGAAAACUCCAGUGAAAGCGCCGCGUCUUACACCAGGGGCUACAACGGAUCAUGAGCGCAUUUUUGAUGCCCAGAUAGCCAAGACAGAGCAAGAGAAAAAUGGGUACCCGUUCCCUUUGGCUCCCGAGCAGGAAAAUCGACUCCUUACGGAGAGUGAGGGUCAUUCCCCGGUAUGGGGUGCCACAACCUCGCUCAAUCAGCCAAAGCCAGUGACCGUCUUGGCGCCGUCUCCAUCUAUUCUCAAGCACCAAGAUCUUCGCCCCGCCAAGGAAGCUGUCCCGCAUCGACCUCCUGCGGCCGAGACCAUUGCUUCCUAUGCGAGACUAAGAAAGGCCAGCACAGCGAGCCGGAAAUUGUCAUUUUCGAAGGCUGAAUGGACAAUCGAGACCGCGGAGCAGGGCAAUGGUGGCCUGCGCAAUGCCGUACGAUCCGCAACAGACGCCGGGGGCUUGGACAACAUGAUGUGGGUGGGCACCUUGGGUAUGCCCACUGACGCCUUGGCAAAUCACACCCGACGGGACAUCGCGGAGAAAUUGGAAGAUGAGUAUGGGUCUUUGACGGUGUUUGUAAAUGACGGCGACUUCGAUGGGCACUACACGCAUUUUUGCAAGACCAUUCUUUGGCCGGUAUUUCACUAUCAGAUCCCAGACAACCCAAAGAGCAAAGCCUACGAGGACCAUUCAUGGAUCUACUACGUCAAAUUGAACCAGGCUUUUGCAGACCGCAUUGCUAAGCAUUGGAAGCGGGGUGAUUCGAUCUGGGUCCAGGAUUAUCAUCUGUUACUGGUUCCAGCUAUGCUUCGCAAGUUGGUGCCAGAUGCACAAAUUGGGUUUUUCCUGCAUAUUGCUUUCCCUUCCUCGGAGGUCUUCAAGUGCUUGGCACCACGCAAGGAGCUCCUCCAGGGCAUUCUUGGUGCCAACCUCAUUGGUUUUCAAACGGAUGAAUACUGCCGGCACUUCCUGCAGACAUGCAGUCGCAUCUUGUGUGUGGAAGCAACACCCGAAGGAAUUCAGUUAGAAGACCGGUUUGUCAAUGUCGGCACAUUCCCUAUCGGAAUCGAUCCAACUUCUUGGGAUAAGCGCCGCCAGGCAACGGACGUGGAGCGAUGGGUCGGUACAAUCUCGGAGCGCUAUCAAGGAAAGCGUCUCAUCGUCUCGCGCGAUAAAAUUGAUUCCGUUCGGGGUAUUCGCCAAAAGCUUCUUAGCUAUGAGCUUUUCCUCAACACCUACCCAGAAUGGGCUGAUAAAGUUGUGUUGAUUCAAGUCGCAACCAGCACUACGGAACAACCAGAGCUGGAAGCGACCAUCUCUGAUAUUGCCAUGCGGAUCAACUCCACACACUCGACCCUCGCUCAUCAGCCUUUGGUGUUCCUCAAACAAGACCUAGCCUUCCCGCAAUACCUUGCUCUCAUCACUGUGGCAGAUGCCCUGAUGAUUACCAGCCUACGCGAGGGAAUGAAUCUGACUAGUCACGAGUUUGUCUACUGCCAGGAUGGUCGAUGCGGCGACAAAGCCUACGGGUCAUUAAUACUUAGCGAGUUCACUGGCAGCGCAUCUGUCUUUGGAAACCAUGCUCUUUUGGUCAACCCUUGGGAUUACCGCCAGUGCUGCGAAGCAAUUAACACAGCACUGACUCGCGAUGAGAAGGAACGGAAGCAGGUUUGGGAGGAACUCCUCCGUGCAGUCCUGAAGAACUCGACCGCCAAUUGGGUGAAAUCUUUCAGUGAAACGCUCGGCCGAGUCUGGAACGAGCAAUCUUCGCGAGAAAUCAUGGCAGUGCCCCGCCUGUCCGUAUCCCGACUCACCGAGCAGUAUCGCCAAUCCAAACAACGGCUCAUGAUCAUCGAUUACGAAGACACGCUAGCCUCUUGGGGAUCACCACGCAGCAUCAUUCUAACUACGCCGCAGCGCGCAAUCACAACCCUAAACGACUUGACCGAAGACCCCGCCAACGUGGUCUAUGUAAUGAGCGCGCGCAUGCCAGAGGAAAUGGAACGGCUGUUCCGACAAGUCAACAAUCUGGGCCUGAUUGCCGAGAACGGGUGCUUUGUGCGCGAGCCGAACGCCGAUACCUGGACGCACCUUGCAGACAAGCUGCAUGUCAAAGCGUGGAAGGAAUCCGUAUCUAAUAUCCUGGAAUAUUUCCACGCCCGAGUCGAGGGUAGCUGGAUUGAGGAGCGCCAUUGCUCGCUCGUCUUCCACCACGGAUCCACCGAAGACCGCCAAGCUGCCGCUCGAUCUGCUGCUGAAUGUGCAGGCAAUAUCAACGACGCGUGUGCUAACCAGGAUGUGCAUGCGAUUGCCGUUGAGGGUGCUUUGAUCGUGGAGACCACCCACACAAACAAGGCAUCUGCGGCUGAACUGGUUUGGAAGUGGUUCAUGGCAAAUGUCGACAAAAACGAGGAUGUCAUCAAACCUGAUUUCUUGCUGGUUAUCGGUGAUAACCGUGAGGAUGAGCCGGUCUUCCGGUGGGCUAAUAAACUGCACAGCGCAAAGGCCGUCGACUAUGCUAUGACUGUCACAUUGGGUUCACGUAGUACGGAGGCUAAGGCUACCCUGACACAGGGAGUUACUGGCGUUCUUUCUUGUCUGCAACAAUUGGCAGCACACCAGGGCCAACCUAAAUUGCCAUUGCGAGAGUGA